GGAGUCGAGCUGAGUCAUAUUGCAAGAAUCCUCUGCUCGCUAGUACUACCAUAAAAACCGAACGAGUUUUUCGCUCACCGUUCGUGAUUGUCCGCGCAACCGCAAAGCUGUGCCGUGUAAAACAGUUGAAACUUUAAGUGAUCAGCCGAGCGACGCGUUUGACCAUUGUGUCGUUUUCGUUCACGUUACACGUACAAUAACCUAACCGCAUCUGACGAUAUGGCAUCGGGUGUGACAGUAGCGGACGCGUGCAAAAAGGUGUACGAGGAAAUCAAGAAAGACAAGAAGCACAGGUACGUUGUUUUUCAUAUAAAGGACGAGAAGCAAAUCGACAUCGAGGUGAUCGGCGAGCGCAACUUCACGUACGACCAGUUCCUAGAAGACCUGCAAAAGGCCGGCCCGCAAGAGUGCCGUUACGGGCUGUUCGAUUUCGAGUACACUCACCAGUGCCAGGGCACGUCCGAAAGCUCCAAGAAACAAAAGCUGUUCUUGCUGUGCUGGUGCCCGGACACGGCCAAAGUCAAGAAGAAGAUGGUGUACUCGUCCAGCUACGACGCGCUGAAAAAAUCGUUGGUCGGCGUCCACAAGGCGUUCCAGGCUACCGACCAGUCCGAGGCGUCCCAGGAGGUUAUCGAGGAGAAGCUCAGAUCCACCGACAGGCAGUAAAGAACUUUAUUUUUUUUCUAAAUAUUUAUAUAUAUAUAUAUAUAUAUACAAAUCAUAUAUGUAUAAAUAUAUGCGCCAAAAUAUAUAUAUAUUUAUAAGUGAAGGUUUUUCAUCUUUUACGUUUUGGUAUUUAUAAACAAUAUAUAAGGAAAACAUUUUAGUACUUCCACAACGUAAUCGUUUACUACUAUACAAAAUACAUUUAUGAAUUUAUAUUACAUUUACUAACAUUAAAACAAAACAAACAAAAAAAAAAAACCCCCAAAUAAUCAUAAUAUUCAUUAUUUUUUUUUUUUUUGUUUUUAUCAAAGCAAUAUGUUCCCGUGUAAGAACAUAUAUUUAUUUUAUAUCUAUAUAUUAUAUUUAUAAGUAUUAAUGCAUGCGUGUUUAAUUUUUCAUGGACAAAUUAUACAUAAUUAGAAACUUGAUGCUCUCUA